UUUAUCUGUAAUUUUUCUUUCUCCCAGGUCACAAAGUAAAAUGAAGUACAUUCUGGUUACCGGUGGUGUUAUAUCAGGAAUUGGAAAAGGAAUCAUCGCCAGCAGUGUGGGCACAAUACUGAAGUCGUGUGGUUUACAUGUAACUUCAAUUAAAAUUGACCCGUACAUUAACAUUGAUGCGGGAACAUUCUCUCCUUAUGAGCAUGGCGAGGUUUUUGUGCUGGAUGAUGGUGGGGAAGUAGACCUUGACCUAGGUAACUAUGAGCGGUUCCUUGACAUCCACCUCACCAAGGACAACAAUCUGACCACUGGAAAGAUAUACCAGUACGUCAUUAACAAGGAGCGCAAAGGAGAUUACUUGGGGAAGACUGUCCAAGUUGUCCCUCACAUCACGGAUGCAAUCCAGGAGUGGGUAAUGAGGCAAGCCUUAAUACCUGUGGAUGAAGAUGGUCUAGAACCUCAAGUCUGUGUCAUUGAGCUCGGUGGAACGGUGGGAGAUAUAGAAAGCAUGCCCUUUAUUGAAGCCUUCCGUCAGUUCCAAUUCAAGGUCAAAAGAGAGAACUUCUGUAAUAUUCACGUCAGUCUAGUUCCUCAGCCAAGUUCAACAGGGGAACAGAAGACUAAACCCACCCAGAAUAGUGUUCGGGAACUCAGAGGCCUCGGUCUUUCCCCAGAUCUGGUUGUGUGCAGGUGCUCAAAUCCUCUCGACACGUCAGUGAAAGAGAAGAUAUCAAUGUUCUGCCACGUUGAACCUGAACAAGUGAUCUGUGUCCACGAUGUCUCGUCCAUCUACCGAGUCCCCUUGUUACUAGAGGAGCAGGGGGUUGUAGAUUAUUUCCUUCGAAGACUUGACCUCCCUAUUGAGAGGCAGCCACGAAAAAUGCUGAUGAAGUGGAAAGAGAUGGCUGACAGAUAUGAUCGCUUACUGGAGACCUGCUCUAUCGCCCUUGUGGGCAAAUACACCAAGUUCUCAGACUCAUAUGCCUCUGUCAUUAAAGCUCUGGAGCAUUCUGCACUGGCCAUCAACCACAAAUUGGAAAUCAAGUACAUCGAUUCUACGGACCUGGAGCCGAGCACCUUACAGGAGGAGCCUGUGCGCUACCACGAAGCCUGGCAGAAGCUCUGCAGCGCUCAUGGAGUGCUGGUUCCAGGGGGAUUUGGUGUUCGAGGGACAGAAGGAAAAAUCCAAGCAAUCGCCUGGGCUCGGAAGCAGAAGAAGCCUUUUUUGGGUGUGUGCCUGGGAAUGCAGUUGGCGGUGGUUGAAUUUGCAAGAAAUGUGCUGGGAUGGCAAGAUGCCAAUUCUACAGAGUUUGACCCUGAGACCAGUCAUCCCGUGGUCAUAGACAUGCCAGAACACAAUCCUGGGCAGAUGGGCGGAACCAUGAGGCUGGGCAAGAGGAGAACCCUGUUCCAGACCAAGAACUCGGUCAUGAGGAAACUCUAUGGGGACCCAGAUUACUUGGAAGAAAGGCACCGCCACAGAUUUGAGGUGAAUCCAGUCUUGAAAAAGUGUUUGGAAGAUCAAGGCUUGAAGUUUGUUGGCCAAGAUGUUGGAGGAGAGAGAAUGGAAAUCGUGGAGUUGGAAGAUCAUCCCUUUUUUGUUGGAGUUCAGUACCAUCCUGAGUUCCUGUCCAGACCUAUCAAGCCUUCCCCACCAUACUUUGGCCUCCUCCUGGCCUCUGUGGGGAGGCUCCCGCAUUACCUCCAGAAAGGCUGCAGGCUCUCGCCCAGGGACACCUACAGUGACAGAAGUGGAAGCAGCUCCCCUGACUCUGAAAUCACUGAAUUGAAGUUUCCAUCAAUAAAUCAUGAUUGAUGAUAAUGAGUGAUUCUUCGACAGCCUUCGGACUUUGAGAAUUUACAGCUUUGAUUUUACACACAGCUUUUGACACUUCCUUUAAAUUAUGUUUUUAUUAAGAUUAUUUUAUUACGGGGAAAGGUAUUUGGAAGACUUUGUGACUUGCAUGUCCCAUCCCGUGUAUCGGCUCCUGCACUGUGCGCUGCCUGGUGUCUGACACUCCUUCGCGGUCCGUGAGCCUCUCAGCCGAGAAGCAGGACGCUGGGCGGGAGUAGAGGACAGACAGGGGCUGGCGGGGGGCCAUCCAUCACCUUGUUCUCCAGCUACCUCACAUCACUGUGGAUUCGAGUGUGUAGCCCGUUGCUCACCCUUGGAUGCCCAAACCAUUAUAAAAAGUGAGCCCUGCGGACUUGGUGAGCACGGAGGGUAAUUUUAGCUAGUGCUUACAACACUUGGUGCUGGUAACCUGAGGGCAUUGCUUGCCACUAAGAGCAGUGAAACCAGAAACAAAGUCUCGGCCCUGCACUGUGUGGCCGCUCGGUGCCAACUGUGGCUGGUACUUGUUGUCUAAAGGGACGGUCAGUUUGUGUCACGUGAAACGGCAAGAAGUCUGCGUCCCUCUGAAGUGUGAUGUUAGACUCCCUGUCCUCUGGCUGUGCUUCUCUUCCGGGGGCUGGGAAACUCCUUGCAUCAAGGGGUCGCUUCAGAAAGAACAAAGAAUCUUUUGGGGAAACUGCCUCUAAAACCCUCUCAUGUAGACAGCUUUGCUCGAGGGGACUUCUUCCUUCCGGAAUGGUGUUAUGGCCGUUGAAAUGCAUUAUGAAAAGCUAUUUUCUUAAUGUGAUGUAAUGAUGGGCACAGCUGUGUGCCCACUAUAUUCUGCCUGGACUCCGUGCAUUCUCUAACUUAAGAAAUAAAUAAAGCAGAACAAGACA